AUGUACUCGCCCGGGUUGGUGUGCCCGUCCGGAUGGACCACGGCGACUGUCGUCAGCGCAGAAAUGACCGACAGUUUUAGCGCCCGUGAUGUGAUAGGCAGAUUAGAAAAGGGAGAGACCGCCGCCUUUUGCUGCCCAGCGGGCUUCGAUUUCCUCUACGGCUCAGUCAACCCAUACACGGCCACCGUCGGACCUCGAUGUGUCUCGACCAUGUUCGAGGGGACUUUUAGUUUCACGCACUGCGGAGUGUACGACAAAAACACGUUUGGUGAGGUGAUAGCGGGCACGGACACGAUCGUCUCAACGAUCCCAUCGACGUCAACCAGGAUAGAGACAUUCGAGGUUGGAAACCCGGGUGGCUCAGGUCCUAAGUGGAAUACCACAACCAUCAUCAUCCCUUUGGUGUUAACAACCACGCAGAAACCCUUGGAGAGCGCAACAACUCUUGCCCCUGCGGUCCAGCUCGUGUGA